UGGUCUUAUCCACUUUUAGCUUUUAAAUAAAGGUUCUUAAAAACAGGGCUAUUACAUUACAACCCUUAUGUCUUCAACAAAUCUAUGGAGAAGAUCCAUAAACAUGACCCUGCUGCUGUGGAGUACCUUGCUAAUGUGCCAGAAUAGUGGAGUAGACACACAUUUGAUGCACAAGUGUGUUGUGAUCACAACACCACCAAUUUUGUGGAAUCAUUCAAUGCUUCUACUAUGCUCUUAAGGCAUCUACUUGUGAUGUCUUUGUUAGAAGAGGCUAGGACUUGGUGUAUGAAGAAGGUUGGGGAAAGAUUUGACAAGGCACUUAAAAUUGGUGCAGACCAACUCACACCAUAUGCUGCUAAGAUCUUGGAAGAAAGAGGUCGGGAGUCUAGGUUUUGUCAAGUUAUCAAUGCCGGAGGUGGAGAGUUUGAAGUGAGGGAUGGGAAUGUGAAGUUCCCAAUAUGCCUUAGGACAAGGACUUAUGCAUGUGGAAAGUGGCAAGGCUCUGGUAUGCCAUGUAAGCAUGUACUAAGGGUUAUUUUCCACCAAAGGCUUGAGCCUCUUGAUUUUGUUUCCUCCUACUUCAAAGGGGCAGCCUACAAAUUGACCUACUCAGCCCAUAUUCACCCCAUGUCAGACCCCAUCCAAUGGCCUUCAUUUGAUCUGCCAACCAUUUUGCCACCACCUAUUAAAAGAGCUGCUGGCAUACCCCCUAAACUAAGGAGAAGAUGAAAAAAUGAUCCAAAGAAGUGAAAGAGGAAUAACACUAUCAGGUGCAGCAAGUGCAAGGAGGUGGGUCACAAUGCAAGGAGCUGUAGGGGUGGAUCCACAACAAAGCAGAAGAAGGCUUCCACUGCUACUGCUGCUGUAGGAGGUGAUUCUGGUGCUGGAACUAGUGCUGGCCUAAGUGGAAAUAAGAGGAAGAAUGCAUCAGGGGCAAGCUCAUCCAAAGGGGCAAAGAAGGGGAAGAAAAAGUGAAGCUCCAAUUAUGACUGCUGAUAACUUUUUGCAAAUAUGACUGAAACAAAGCUUGGUUUUUUAGGUAUCAAAACAUUGCAUCGUUUUUUGUUAUGUAGUUGGGGCAAAUAUUUUUUGUAAAGCUACAAUUAUAUGCAAGCUAUU